ACCCGAAAAUCGACCCGCACUUGUAAUAAUUCGAUAUUGUAAAACAAAGCUACUAUGAGAGAUUGCGUUUUGACUGAAAUUAAGAGACUGUGCACGAAUUAAUGUCUUGAAAUUCAGAAAUCAUGCUGGAGUAUUCAUUUGCGAGGGUGUUUUUCCUAGUCUUGUGUGUGUGGAAGGCGUCCGGUAGCUGCUAUUACAGGGCGUACUAUAGACGGUACUACUGUUAUAGAUACUACUAUGGCUACUCCUCUGAUGUAAGCGGUGGUGCCAUAGCAGGGAUUGUAGUAGGGGUACUAGCAGUUUGCGGAAUUGGUAUUGCCAUCUUUGUCAUUCUCGUACUGAAGAAAUGUAAGGGGAGAACGAUUAGGGGUCGCUCCCUCUGGGGGACUCCUGUAUCUAAUGUACAGACUGUGGUCUCAUACAACAACACAGUCCAAAACCCAACCAUGUUUCCUCAGCAACAUUUUCCUCAGCAACAAGUUUAUCCACCCACAACGGCGAACUAUGGCAUGGGUCAGGGUUCAGCCUUCCAGUACGGACAGCCCCCUCAACAAUACGGAGUGCCGCCUCCUGCCUACAAUACAAACAUUGGAUCCGCACCCCCACCAACUUACUCCUCCAUGUACCAAUGAAAACCGUAUAUAGCCGUCCUAGAAACUCAUUCCUGAUUAUAUCUGCGGUCCGCCUGAAAUCUCGUUUUAAAGCACCUCUCGCAGAUUUCAAAAUGCCGCUUUUC